GCUCGUUGAUCGACUUCCGUCCUGAUCGGUUUACGCAACAGAUCAAGACGGACGGUAUCGAAGAGGAAGAAAUUUUUGUCGGACGAAGAGAAAAUCCUCGAGCGAAAGGAUGUUGCGCGUCGUAGCGUCACGCGUGGCUUCGGCGAUGGUGCCCCGAGUAACGGCCACAAGCCUCGUCGGUGUGCAGAGCACCAGGGCAUCCCACGGUUCCAGGGAGUCCGAUGAGGAGUUCGAUCAGCGAUAUGUCAACUUCUUCAGCCGCAACGACAUCGAUCACUGGGAAAUUCGAAAGGCCAUGAAUGAUCUGGCUGGUAUGGAUAAUGUGCCAGAACCAGUCAUUAUAUGCGCAGCAUUGAAAGCUUGCAGAAGAUUAAAUGACUUUGCGCUCGCCGUAAGAUUCCUAGAAUCUGUAAAAGAUAAAGCUGGACCACAUGCCGACAAGGUUUAUCCUUACAUUCUUCAAGAGAUCAGACCCGUUUUGGACGAACUAGGCAUCAGCACGCCCGAGGAGCUAGGUUACGACAAGCCGGAAUUAGCCUGCGAAUCAGAAUACCAUAUGUAACAGGUUAAAAAUUAUAUUAUAAAUAUUAGUAUUUAUAUGUUCUCUUAGCUGCUGCUUCAGGUGCAUAUGAUAAAGAAUAAUUAUCAGCAAGACAGAACUUUCCAUGUAUCUGCAUUAUCAGCAGCAUUGUUGAAUAAAAAACACGAUUGUCAUAAUUAAUGUCUAUCGUUCAUUAAAAAUUAAACGUAAUUAAUAAUAUUAUACAUGGAACUUGUCAGAAUUUAAUUUAAGACUUAGUUGCAAAAAUAUAUGAUAAUAUUAAAAACAUUUAACAUUUGCAACAAAUAGUGAUCAUCUCUAUUUUUGGUAAGGAAAAAUCUGUUCCAAAUUGCUUCAAGAAAUUGUUGUUCAAAUCACAAAUUUCGAGACGUUUUAUGGAUUAUUUAAAGAUUGUCGGAAUCGCCUUUUCUUUCCGGACGUCACAUAUGUUGCAUUGUAAACGCGAUUCAGUUGUAUACAAUUGUAUUGGCCAAUAUUAUUCAUUAAUCUCAAUGUCAAGUAAUUAAUUUGGAGGCAAAAUUGAAAUGAUGAUACGAUAACAUAUUUAUAAAUUAUAUGACAUGGAGAUUGGGAUAAUACAGCAGAAAAGAGUCAUGUACACAUACGUCUAUAAUUAUCUAAAGUCGUAAUACAUAUUUUUUUUGUUUCUUGAAUGACAUUUAACUUAAUUUAUGCUCCGUGUGUGCUUUGUUACAAACAACAGAGGGAAAAUAUAACAUGUUUAUCUUACAUA